AUGAGGUCAUUUUUGGGAGAGGAGAACAUAUCAGAGCACCAUUGGAGAGGAGAAUUCGAAGCAAACAGUGGUCAAGAGGGCAACAGCCUCCUCCGCAUCUCCCCAGAUCAUGUGUUGUUGCUGCUUGCCUUGACCCUCUCGGAUCAGCCUUCUCCCUUCUCUUCACAUUUGAUUACCGGAGCAGACCCUGCGCUGCUUUUCCCCUUCGGCCUCCCCGACCCUGGAGACUACGACCUCCCCUCUUCACUCUGUCUCUUCAACCUCUUCAAACCCGGGAGACGAUCUCGAUUAGUCACGACAACCGGAAUGGCAGACAACACACCUGAGAACGUCCCUCCGACGAUCUUGACAUCUUCAAUGGAAGCAGGAGGCGAUUUUGUGACGACGAUCUUGACAUCUUCGAUGGAAGCGUCUCUUUCUAUCGCAUUCUUCAACGAUUCCAUUGACGUCCUCCCUAAUUCCAUCGAUCAUCUCCCUCCUCCUUCCGCCUGUAACGCCCACCCUACCUCUGUCAACGACCACCACGGUCUAGGAUUUGUCCGUCAGUCUUUGACUUUUCGUGCUCCCGAAGGCAGCGAUCCUGAAACCCUAGCCGACAAAAUCCAUUCAUGUAUUCGCAAGUUGUGUAAGGGUGAAUUGAUUGGGUGCAGAGCUUUUGGUCAAGUGUAUAUGGGCAUGAAUCUCGAUUCUGGAGAGCUUCUUGCUGUUAAACAGAUGUUUGUUGUUGUGGUACAACAAGUUUACACACUGAAGCAUGAGGCAAGGUUGAAUGGUGGAUUUUAUGUAAACCUUGAAGCAAACUGUUGUUCAUUAUUAUUUGUAUUUGUGGGGGCGCUAUCGGAAGAGUCACCUGGAAUGAGUGUAUUACCACAAACUGGAUACAUUGCAAAUCAUGAACCUAAAAACUGGAUGCACCAAAUCAGGCCUGUAAAUUUUGGAAGGAAUUGUGGUGAAUAUUGAAGAGAUGAAGAUGAUAAAUUGAAGAAAAAUAUGGAAAUAUUGACACGAAGACAUAAAAAGGCUUUGAAGUUUUGUACAUUUUUUAUUUUUAAUAUAUUUUUUUUGUAUCGAAUAAAAUACUUAUUAUAUUGUGUUUAUAGAUUUUUAAUAAAAUGAGUUUUUUUUUUA